CGGCGCGCGGGGCAGCAGUCCCGGAGGCCGAGGGGCAGGCGUCGGCGCCAGCCCGAAGCCCUGGUGGGAGCCCGGCCCGUGCGCGCGCACCAUGCCCUACGUGCUCAUCAGCACCCAGAUCCGCAUGGCUUUAGGAGAGAAGGAGGGGGAGACCAUUCGGAGUCAGAAGUGACGCCCCUUUCUCUGGGUGCAGUUUCCUGGUCCAAGACGGUGCUGGUCGCCCCAGAAACCUUUUAACUUCAGAACGGUAUGACUGGGCACCCCAGCCGGCACCUGCGUCCCUUCGCACUCCCUAAGUGCUGGGUGAUCCGUCAGCAGGAGGUGGGCCCUACCAUGGUGGGUGAUGAGCACUCAGAUCCAGAGCUGAUGCGCUAUCUGGGGGCCUCAAAGAGAAGCGUCCUGGGAAACAACUUUUAUGAGUACUUUGUCAACGAUCCUCCCCGCAUUGUCCUGGACAAGCUGGAACGCAAGGGCUUCCGUGUGCUGAGCAUGACAGGGGUGGGCCAGACACUGGUGUGGUGCCUGCACAAGGAGUGACUCUCACGCCGAGCACCCCUUUUCUGAGCGGUUGCCAUGGGCCCCAGUCCUGAACCCCCAGUCACUCACUGCCUGGCCCCUCUCUUCCCGACUUGUCCUUUUCCUUAGCCUGGUGGCACUGGGCAGUGAAUGGCCUUUGCUGAAACUUGCCUCAGCCAGUGGGAGAGGCAGGGCCCCCGUCCCCCGCAGCCAGCUGCCCCUCCAGCUUCUCGCCUGGCUGAGAGCCCCGGAGGAGGCUGUGCUCUGCGAGCCGGCUGAGGGGCCUGAAGAGCCAGCUUGUCCCUGGCCGGGACCAGGGAGUCCUGCAGGAGGAUGGCCCUGGGACGGGCAGGAGGGUCCUGUGGAGCUAGUCCAAGCCAAUAAAGGACUGUGAUGAA